ACUGAGCGCUUUCUCUAUUGAACGCGGCCAUUAUUAUGUGCAUCAAGAGUAAGAUUAUGUGAGAUUAUGUGGAUGCGUGUACAAAAGUGCGAAGUGCUGUUAAGAAGUUAAUUGUAAGCGAUGAAUUAAUUAUAUUAUGGUUGUCAUAUAAGAACUGAUAAACGGACAUCGUGAUAAAGCCUCUUAAAAACAAUUUGAAGUCAUGUCUAUCCCACCAUAUUUGCUGGGUCCAAACCCAUGGGCCACAAUGAUGGCCCAGCAACAAGUUCAAUUGGCAGCUGCCCAAGCGCACGCUCAGGCUGCGGCUCAUGCACAAGCCGCUCAUCAUGCUCACAUGCAGGCUAUAGCUGGCCCGCCAUUGCCUCAGAUUCCUAAACAACCGGAAGUCCUGUCUGAGGACAAACUUCAAGAAAAAGCACAAAAAUGGCAGCAGUUGCAGUCAAAGCGUUUCGCAGAAAAGAGGAAGUUUGGCUUUGUAGAUGCCCAAAAAGAAGAUAUGCCAGCUGAACAUAUAAGAAAAAUCAUUAGAGAUCAUGGUGAUAUGAGUAGUAGAAAAUACAGACACGAUAAACGUGUUUAUUUGGGGGCGUUAAAGUACAUGCCACAUGCUGUUAUGAAACUAUUGGAAAAUAUGCCUAUGCCAUGGGAACAAAUAAGAGAUGUAAAGGUCUUGUAUCAUAUUACUGGAGCCAUUACAUUUGUCAAUGAAAUACCUUGGGUUAUAGAACCUGUGUAUAUAGCUCAGUGGGGCACUAUGUGGAUUAUGAUGAGACGAGAAAAAAGAGAUCGCAGACAUUUCAAGAGAAUGAGAUUUCCACCUUUUGAUGAUGAAGAGCCUCCUCUAGAUUAUGCGGAUAAUGUUUUGGAUGUUGAACCUUUAGAGGCUAUACAAAUCGAACUUGAUUCGGAAGAAGAUGAGUCGGUUGCAUCAUGGUUUUAUGAGCACAAGCCAUUAGUUGGGACAAAACAUGUUAACGGAUCUACAUACCGGAGAUGGAAUCUGACAUUACCGCAAAUGGCUACUUUGUAUCGUUUGGCUAAUCAAUUGUUGACUGACUUAGUGGAUCAAAAUUUUUUUUAUCUGUUUGAUCCCAAGUCAUUCUUUACUGCAAAAGCCUUAAAUAUGGCUAUUCCUGGAGGACCAAAAUUCGAGCCACUGGUAAAAGAUUCAAAUGCUGCUGAUGAAGAUUGGAAUGAAUUCAAUGACAUAAAUAAGAUUAUUAUCAGGCAACCUAUUAGGACAGAAUAUAGGAUUGCGUUUCCUUACUUAUACAAUAAUAUGCCACAUUUUGUUCAUCUUUCAUGGUAUCAUGCUCCAAAUGUCGUAUAUAUAAAGACUGAAGAUCCAGAUUUGCCUGCAUUUUAUUUUGAUCCGUUAAUCAAUCCAAUUUCUCAUAGAAAUUCGCUAAAGACGAUGGAACCACAAAUCGAAGAUGAUGAAGACUUUAUUCUACCUGGCGAAGUGCAACCAUUCCUUCAGGAAAUACCUCUUUAUACUGAUAAUACAGCGAAUGGAAUAGCCCUUUUGUGGGCGCCGCGGCCGUUUAAUACACGUUCCGGUAGAACAAGAAGAGCCAUUGAUAUUCCCUUAGUCAAGUCAUGGUACAGAGAGCACUGUCCACCUGGUCAACCUGUAAAAGUGCGAGUCAGUUAUCAGAAACUACUGAAAUACUUCGUUCUGAACGCUUUGAAGCACAGACCACCAAAACCACAAAAGAAACGUUACUUGUUCCGCUCUUUUAAAUCGACCAAGUUCUUUCAGACAACGACAAUAGAUUGGGUAGAAGCCGGUCUGCAGGUGUGUCGUCAAGGAUAUAACAUGUUGAAUCUACUAAUACAUCGGAAGAAUCUCAACUAUCUUCAUUUGGAUUACAAUUUUAACUUGAAACCUGUCAAAACGCUUACAACAAAAGAGAGGAAGAAAUCGCGCUUUGGUAACGCCUUCCAUUUGUGUCGCGAAAUUCUUCGCUUAACUAAACUCAUUAUCGAUUCUCACGUUCAGUACCGGCUGAACAACGUGGAUGCCUUUCAACUCGCCGAUGGGCUGCAAUAUAUUUUCGCACACGUUGAUCAAUUGACCGGCAUGUAUCGAUAUAAGUACAAAUUGAUGCGACAGAUCAGGAUGUGUAAAGACUUGAAGCACCUAAUUUAUUAUCGUUUUAACACCGGACCAGUUGGUAAAGGACCUGGCUGUGGCUUUUGGGCACCCGGCUGGCGCGUUUGGUUAUUCUUUAUGAGAGGCAUCACUCCGUUAUUGGAAAGAUGGCUGGGUAACUUAUUGUCGAGACAAUUCGAGGGCCGUCAUUCGAAGGGCGUAGCGAAGACUGUAACGAAGCAGCGAGUUGAAUCACACUUUGAUCUCGAAUUACGGGCGUCUGUUAUGCACGAUAUAGUUGAUAUGAUGCCUGAGGGAAUAAAGCAGAACAAGGCGCGGACAAUUCUUCAGCAUUUGAGCGAAGCUUGGCGCUGUUGGAAAGCGAAUAUUCCGUGGAAAGUGCCGGGUUUGCCGAUUCCGAUCGAAAACAUGAUACUGCGUUAUAUCAAGAUGAAGGCCGACUGGUGGACGAAUACAGCUCAUUACAAUCGAGAGAGAAUUCGACGUGGAGCUACGGUGGACAAAACCGUGUGUAAAAAGAACCUUGCGCGUCUCUAUUUGAAAGCCGAGCAGGAACGACAACACAAUUACUUGAAGGAUGGUCCAUAUAUAUCGCCGGAGGAAGCUGUAGCCAUAUUUACAACUUCAGUUCAUUGGCUAGAAUCUCGAAGAUUCGCGCCAAUACCCUUUCCGCCAUUAUCUUACAAACAUGAUACGAAACUGUUGAUAUUAGCCCUGGAACGCUUGAAGGAGGCUUAUAGCGUUAAAUCUAGGCUGAAUCAAAGUCAACGAGAAGAACUGGGCUUAAUAGAACAAGCAUACGAUAAUCCACACGAGGCAUUGUCCAGAAUCAAGCGACAUUUGCUAACACAGAGAGCUUUUAAAGAAGUUGGCAUCGAAUUUAUGGAUCUUUACAGUCACUUGAUUCCCGUGUAUGACGUGAAGCCAUUGGAGAAAAUUACGGAUGCCUACCUAGAUCAGUAUUUGUGGUACGAGGCAGACAAAAGGCGACUGUUCCCACCGUGGGUGAAACCAGCUGACACGGAACCACCGCCGCUCCUUGUUUACAAGUGGUGUCAAGGUAUCAAUAAUCUCCAGGAUGUUUGGGAUGUUAGCGAGGGCGAGUGUAAUGUGCUGCUAGAAUCGAAAUUUGAGAAGCUGUACGAAAAAAUCGAUCUCACGUUACUCAACAGGCUGUUACGUUUAAUAGUCGAUCAUAACAUUGCCGAUUAUAUGACGGCAAAGAAUAAUGUUGUCAUCAAUUAUAAAGACAUGAAUCACACUAAUAGCUAUGGCAUUAUUCGAGGAUUGCAAUUCGCAUCUUUUAUCGCCCAAUAUUACGGACUAGUGUUGGACCUGCUGGUGUUGGGUCUUCAGCGAGCCAGUGAAAUGGCCGGUCCGCCGCAAAUGCCAAACGACUUCCUUACGUUUCAAGAUGUUGCCUCUGAGACAGCGCAUCCUAUUCGAUUAUACUGCCGUUAUGUCGAUAGGAUACAUCUAUUUCUGCGCUUUUCCGCUGAUGAGGCGAGAGACUUCAUUCAGCGUUAUCUCACUGAACAUCCCGAUCCAAAUAACGAAAAUAUUGUUGGCUACAAUAAUAAAAAGUGUUGGCCGCGAGACGCCCGUAUGAGAUUAAUGAAGCACGAUGUGAACCUGGGUCGCGCCGUAUUCUGGGAUAUCAAGAACCGACUUCCACGUUCUACCACUAUCCAGUGGGAGAACAAUUUUGUUAGUGUUUAUAGUAAGGAUAAUCCCAAUUUGCUCUUUAAUAUGAGCGGUUUCGAGUGCAGAAUUUUGCCCAAAUGCAGAACGACUCAUGAGGAGUUUACGCACCGAGACGGCGUUUGGAAUCUUCAGAACGAGAUCACGAAGGAAAGAACCGCGCAAUGUUUCUUGCGUGUCGACGACGAGAGCUUGCAGCGUUUUCACAAUCAUGUCAGGCAGAUUUUAAUGGCUUCAGGCUCGACCACAUUCACGAAAAUCGUGAACAAAUGGAACACCGCUUUGAUUGGUCUGAUGACUUAUUUUAGAGAAGCCGUGGUGAAUACGCAAGAGUUGUUGGAUCUUUUGGUCAAAUGUGAGAACAAGAUUCAGACGCGUAUCAAGAUUGGAUUAAACUCCAAAAUGCCGUCGCGUUUCCCACCCGUCGUCUUUUAUACUCUUAAGGAAUUGGGUGGUCUGGGAAUGCUGUCGAUGGGUCAUGUGUUGAUACCUCAGUCGGACUUGAGGUGGUCGAAACAAACUGAUGUAGGCAUUACUCACUUUCGUUCAGGUAUGAGUCACGACGAGGAUCAAUUGAUUCCUAACUUAUAUCGCUACAUACAGCCCUGGGAAUCAGAAUUUAUCGAUUCUCAACGUGUUUGGGCAGAAUAUGCCCUGAAACGACAAGAGGCCAAUGCUCAGAAUCGCAGGCUUAUUUUGGAAGAUCUUGAGGACAGCUGGGAUCGUGGUAUCCCUAGGAUAAAUACAUUAUUCCAGAAAGAUCGGCACACACUGGCCUAUGACAAGGGUUGGCGUAUUCGUACAGAAUUCAAACAAUAUCAGGUGCUGAAGCAAAAUCCGUUUUGGUGGACUCAUCAGCGUCACGACGGAAAAUUAUGGAACCUAAAUAACUAUCGAACUGAUAUGAUUCAGGCGCUAGGCGGCGUCGAAGGCAUUCUUGAGCACACUCUUUUCAAAGGCACCUACUUCCCGACAUGGGAGGGUCUCUUCUGGGAAAAGGCUUCCGGCUUUGAGGAGUCCAUGAAAUACAAGAAAUUGACAAAUGCGCAACGUUCUGGUCUCAAUCAAAUUCCCAACCGUCGAUUUACACUGUGGUGGUCGCCUACUAUUAAUCGUGCAAACGUUUACGUUGGUUUUCAAGUACAACUCGAUCUGACAGGAAUAUUUAUGCAUGGUAAAAUACCGACUCUAAAAAUAUCCUUAAUUCAAAUAUUUCGCGCUCAUUUGUGGCAAAAGGUGCAUGAAUCUAUCGUGAUGGAUCUUUGCCAGGUGUUUGAUCAAGAAUUAGACGCAUUGGAAAUUGAGACCGUACAGAAGGAAACAAUACAUCCGCGAAAGUCCUACAAGAUGAACUCCUCAUGUGCUGACAUCCUUUUGUUUUCCGCUUAUAAAUGGACCGUAUCCCGACCAUCACUCCUUGCUGAUUCGAAAGAUGUGAUGGACAACACCACUACACAGAAAUAUUGGAUCGAUGUUCAACUGAGAUGGGGCGAUUAUGACUCACAUGACAUCGAACGAUACGCUCGUGCUAAAUUCUUGGACUAUACGACAGAUAACAUGUCGAUAUACCCAUCGCCCACCGGUCUUCUGAUAGCUAUCGACCUGGCAUAUAAUUUGCACAGUGCAUAUGGUAAUUGGUUUCCUGGCUGCAAGCCACUCAUACAGCAAGCUAUGGCAAAAAUUAUGAAAGCAAAUCCUGCUUUAUACGUAUUACGCGAACGCAUACGUAAAGCCUUGCAACUAUACUCGUCUGAACCCACUGAACCUUAUCUUUCUUCGCAAAAUUACGGUGAACUCUUCUCCAAUCAAAUUAUAUGGUUUGUUGAUGACACAAACGUAUAUCGCGUGACGAUUCACAAAACCUUUGAGGGCAACUUGACGACAAAGCCAAUCAAUGGCGCAAUUUUCAUCUUCAAUCCGCGCACGGGACAAUUGUUUCUGAAAAUUAUUCAUACCUCCGUCUGGGCGGGCCAGAAGCGUCUCGGUCAAUUAGCCAAGUGGAAGACCGCCGAGGAAGUCGCUGCGCUGAUUCGCUCUCUACCAGUGGAGGAACAGCCAAAGCAGAUUAUCGUUACCAGAAAAGGAAUGUUAGAUCCGCUAGAAGUGCACUUGUUGGAUUUUCCUAAUAUAGUCAUUAAAGGAUCUGAAUUGCAGUUACCGUUCCAGGCAUGUCUCAAGGUGGAGAAGUUCGGCGAUAUGAUCUUGAAGGCAACCGAGCCGCAAAUGGUACUAUUCAAUCUUUACGAUGACUGGUUGAAGACCAUCUCGUCUUACACCGCAUUCUCACGAUUGAUUCUGAUUUUACGGGCUCUACACGUCAACACCGAAAGAACGAAAGUUGUAUUAAAGCCCGAUAAAACCACCAUUACCGAAUCACAUCACAUAUGGCCAUCGCUGACGGACGAUGAGUGGAUCAAGGUGGAAGUGCAGCUGAAGGAUCUGAUCUUGGCGGAUUACGGUAAGAAGAAUAAUGUCAAUGUUGCGUCACUCACGCAAUCCGAAAUCCACGAUAUCAUUCUGGGUAUGGAGAUAAGUGCGCCGUCCGCGCAACGUCAACAAAUCGCUGAAAUCGAGAAGCAAACUAAAGAGCAGAGUCAGCUUACCGCCACUACCACACGAACAGUAAACAAGCAUGGCGACGAGAUUACUGCGACCACGUCCAACUACGAGACACAGACUUUCAGUUCAAAGACUGAAUGGCGAGUACGUGCCAUUUCAGCAACUAAUCUUCAUCUCCGAACAAAUCAUAUCUACGUCUCGUCUGAUGACAUCAAAGAAACUGGCUAUACUUACAUUUUGCCGAAGAAUGUACUCAAGAAAUUUGUUACUAUUUCCGAUCUGCGAGCGCAGAUAGCCGGCUAUCUAUACGGUAUCAGCUCUCCUGAUAAUCCUCAGGUGAAAGAAAUCAGAUGCAUUGUAAUGGCACCACAAUGGGGAACUCAUCAAACUGUUCAUCUACCAAACACGUUACCUAAUCAUCAAUACUUGAAGGAGAUGGAACCAUUGGGAUGGAUACAUACGCAGCCCAACGAGCUGCCGCAACUGUCACCGCAGGACAUAUCUACUCACGCCCGGAUUAUGGCAGAGAAUUCCAUCUGGGACGGUGAAAAGACUAUCGUUAUCACUUGCAGUUUCACACCCGGUUCUUGCUCUCUUACAGCAUACAAGUUGACUCCGAGUGGAUUUGAGUGGGGCAAGCAGAACACUGAUAAGGGAAACAAUCCGAAGGGUUAUUUACCUAGCCAUUACGAAAAGGUACAGAUGCUUUUGUCCGAUCGUUUCCUUGGCUUUUUUAUGGUGCCCAGCCAAGGUUCAUGGAAUUACAAUUUUAUGGGUGUAAGGCAUGAUCCCAACAUGAAAUACGAGCUACAACUAGCGAAUCCAAAAGAAUUUUAUCAUGAAGUGCACAGGCCUGCUCAUUUUCUCAACUUCUCGAGUUUGGAAGACGGUGAAGGCGUCGGGGCUGAUCGAGAAGACAUGUUUGCAUAAAUUAAAUUCUUUCUACAACAGUUUUUAAUUAAGAGUGAUUGAUGAAAACACAGGAUGUAUAAUGAAUUUGUAAGUCUGUAAUACUUGUAAUGCUUUUUAUUUUUUAUUUCCUGAUCUAAUUAUCGUAUACAUAGGCGAAAAGUUUAUCAAAUAAUACGUAUAAUAUUUUUUAUUUUCUAUCUUUUUGUCUAAUUUUAUAGGCGAUUCUAAAUAUAUAAAUAUAAUAAUAUUACAAAUAGAUUAAAGCCUUAAGUAUUAUUUAAGAAUUGACAGGAGUGACAGAACAACUCCGAAUAGAAACUCUGUAAAAUAAAAGUCACGAUUACAGAUUUCUAUAUUAUACUAUACCGUUAAUACGGCUAAGUGGUGAAAUAUGAUGCAAAAGCAUUUAUUUUCUGGGUGGGUAGAAUGUCAUACCGGGUGUUGCAGAAUUCGAUAUGAAUCUGUAUUUGAUAUGAAUACUGUCUUUUCAUAAUGUAAUAAUGAACGUAUAUUUUAAAGAAAAAUUAAGAUAGUGCAAAAUAUCAAGUGUAUAUAUAGUGCAAAUAUAAAAAUAAGAAAUAUACCAAUGACGUGUAGCAUACUUGACUACCCAAGUAAAUAUUCUAUCUAAAGGAAGAAAUACCAUUUUUUUUUUUUUAAUAAGAGCACACAAUCGUUUUCUCUUAUAUAUAUAUUUUUUUAUAUUGGACUGGCCUUUUUUGUCAA